CAACACCCAAGCAAUCUCAAUCGACAGACCCAGCCCACCGAAUCGCCUUCCGAUUCUUCGCUCUCGCCCCGAGAGCACUGACCCAACCCUAGAUCUCGCACCACCACCGCAGCAGCAGCGCGCCAUGGCCAAGCCCUGGGGCGGCGUCGGCGCCUGGGCGCUCGACGCGGAGCGCGAGGACGAGGAGCGCGAGCACGCCGCGGCCUUCCCCGCGCCCGAGCCGCCCGCGCCCGUCGGCGGCGCCGCCAGCUUCCCCAGCCUCAAGGACGCCGUCGUCGCCGGCGCCGGCAAGAAGGGCAAGAAGACCAAGGGCACCACGCUCUCCCUCGGGGAGUUCACCACCUACGGCGCGGCGGGGGCGCCCGCGCGCCGCGCCGCCCCCGCCGAGCCCAAGGGCCUCACCCCGCAGGAGAUGAUGAUGCUGCCCACCGGCCCCAGGGAGCGCUCCGAGGAGGAGUCCGGCCUCAGCGGCCGCGGCUUCCGCUCCUACCCCGACCAGCGCGGCGGCGGGUUCGACGACGACCGCCGCUCCAGCAGGGACGCGGAUCUCGACCUUCCCUCCCGCGCCGACGAGUCCGACAACUGGGGGAAGAGCAAGAACUUCACGCCCACCCCCAGCAACUCCGGCCCCCGCGACAGGCUCAACAACGGGCCGUCGCCGCUCGGCCGCUCCGACGACAUUGAUAACUGGUCGCGGGACAAGAAGCCGCUCCCGUCGCGCUACCCUAGCCUCGGUACCGGCGGCGGUUUUCGUGAACCGUCCGCCGGCGGUUUCCGUGAAUCCUCUUUCCGCGACUCGCCAGGACCAUCCGACUCUUCGGAUCGCUGGGUCCGUGGCAACGUCCUUGCCCCUGUCAGCGGGGAUAGGCCUCGUCUCAACCUCAACCCAGCACCGAAGCGUGAUCCCUCGGCUGCAGCCACGCCGCCGGCGGAGGCACCAGCUGAGGCCGCGCGCAGCCGGCCGAGCCCGUUCGGGGCUGCCAAGCCUCGUGAGCAGGUGCUGGCUGAGAAGGGUGUGGAUUGGAGAAAGAUGGAGACUGAGAUCGAGACUAAGACCAGUCGGCCUACCAGCUCGCACUCAAGUAGGCCCAACAGCGCGCAUUCCUCCCGCCCUGGGAGCCCUGGAUCGCAGGUCUUGGCGGUUGGGAGUGAGGGGGCACCAAGGGCGCGGCCAAAGGUAAACCCUUUCGGCGAUGCCAAGCCACGCGAAGUGGUGCUGCAGGAGAAGGGCAAAGAUUGGAGGAAGAUUGACCUUGAGCUGGAGCACCGUGCAAUUCAUAGGCCAGAGUCAGAAGAAGAAAAGAUUUUGAAGGAAGAAAUCACCCUUCUCAAAGUGGAUCUAAAAGAAAUUGAGGCCAAGACUAGUGAUGGUUCUGACCAAGCUCCCCCAGAGAAUGCAAAAGACUUGUCUGAGAAGAUAUCUCAGUUGGAAAAGCAGCUUGAGCUGCUUACAGUUGAGUUGGAUGACAAAACUCGAUUUGGGCAAAGACCUAGUUCUGGAGCAGGCAGGGUGACAUCGUUUCCACCUGCUAGUUCAGCAGAGGAGCCACAUGUUGCAGUGGCACACAUGGACAGACCCCGUUCACGCGGUGGUAUGGAAACAUACCCGAAACCAGUUGAAGAAAGGUGGGGAUUUCAUGGUAGCAGAGAAAGAGGUUCUUUUGGUGGAGGCGGAAGUUCGGACAGGUCAACAACUAGGCAGGGAUGGUGAAGAUCCUGGUUUUGAGCAUCAUCUGUGAAGGAAGCUUCUGGUCCGCAGCCCUUUUCUUGUUUUGAAAGAAUGGGAAAAAAAUAAGCAAUUUUAUUUUUGUUGUGUUUGACUCCAUUUUGUUCGAGUAGAAGAUUAGAGAUAACCUUUGUCAACAGAGGUUACUCAGCGUGAAGCUAUUGUUACCACCUUUAUGGUGUAGGUUACUUUUGCUUCCUUCUUUUGCCAUCUUUCAUGUCCAAACGAGACUGCAAAAAUUUAUGCUAACUAUUACUCUUGGUUACCGGAUC